GAUUCUCUGACCUCUUCCUCCUCCGUCUCCCCUCCCCACCCCCCUCUCUCUACCGAUUGUUUAUCGUUGGUCAUUCGACCGUACGGCAUACUUGCAAUAUGUUCUCCCGUGCUGUCCGUCCGGCUGUGAGGGCUGGUAGCAUUGCGGUCUCCCGCACUGCCCCUCCCAAUGCCGCCAACUUCGCGACUCUGCGUGAAAUCGAGGGCCGUCUCAAGUCCAUCAAGAACAUCGAGAAGAUCACCAACACCAUGAAGGUCAUCGCCUCCACCCGCCUGACCCGCGCCCAGAAGGCCAUGGAGGACUCUCGCGCCUACGGUCAGACCUCCAACACCGUUUUCGAGAACGCCGAGACCAAGGCCGUCGGCGACAAGAAGACUCUGCUCGUUGUCGCCAGUUCCGACAAGGGUCUUUGCGGUGGUAUCCACUCGGGUCUCAGCAAGGCCACUCGCCGUAUCCUCCAGGAGUACCCCGAUGCCGACAUCGUCGUUCUGGGUGAGAAGGCCAAGGCUCAGCUGUCUCGUUCCAACCCCAACGCCAUCGUCCUGAGCUUCGCCAACGUCUGCAAGGACAUUCCCACCUUCAACGAUGCCCAGGCCAUUGCCGACCAGAUCGCUCUGCUGCCCACCGACUACGCCAGCGUUAAGAUCAUCUACAACAAGUUCCUUAACGCUCAGUCCUACGAGGCCGGCACCGUUGAGGCCUACUCCGAGGAGGCCAUCACCCAGUCCCCCAACCUCUCCACCUUCGAGACCGAUGAUGGAACUCUGGCCCACCUCCGCGAGUACGCCCUUGCCAACAACCUGUUCUGGGCUCUGGCUGAGGGACACGCUUGCGAGAUCUCGGCUCGUCGUAACGCCAUGGAGAACGCCUCCAAGAACGCUGGUGAGAUGAUCAACAAGUUCCAGAUCUUGUACAACCGUCAGCGUCAAGCCGCCAUUACCGGUGAACUGGUUGAAAUUAUCACUGGUGCCACCGCCAGUGCGGACAUGUAAAAGCUUUUUUGAAGCUUAUGUGGGGGGAGUCGCCAUGUGUGUAGACUUACUCAUAAAUACCUAGAUGCUUGUCAGCCUGUAAAAUCUAUCACUAUCUUUCCUUUGUCUCAUGCAAAUGUCAGUCUAACAGUGAGAGCUUGUAGCAAUUGUGAAUGAAUGGGUGCCGUCACUACUGCCUUUAUCAGGCAGUCAUGGCAAUGCCCUGUUCUGUCCAGACAAGCUCCGCAGGGAAUAUCAGACGGGAGAAAUGAUCACUUGUUUGCAUUCAUUGUAC